UGUGACCUUGGCACCCCUCUAUACUCAAAAGCCCACACAUUUCUACAAUUGAUAUUUUCAUCAAAGUAAGUUUUAGUUGUUUUAUCACUCAUGGCUUCCCUCACCGAUCGAUUCAAAUACGAUGUUUUUCUUAGCUUUAGAGGCGAAGAUACUCGCCACGGUUUCACCGGAAAUCUCUGGAAAGCUCUUCAAGACAGAGGAGUCAACACCUUCAUUGACGACGAGAAGCUUCGCAAAGGGGAAGAAAUCACACUAUCACUCGUCAAAGCUAUUGAAGACUCCAAUAUGGCCAUCGUUGUGCUUUCCAAGAACUAUGCAUCUUCUUCCUUUUGCUUACAAGAACUUUCCACGAUCCUUGAUUGUAUAAAAGAUAAGGGUAGGUGUGUCUUGCCGGUUUUUUAUUUAGUGGAUCCUUCUGAUGUAAGAAAGUUGAAAAGUUGUUACGGAGAAGCGAUGAUGGGGCAUGAGAUGGGGUCCAAUAGUAACAUAGAUCUGUUGAAGAAAUGGAAGAAUGCUCUUCACCAAGUUUCUAAUUUGUCUGGCUUUCAUUUCAAAAAUAAAGAUCGGGAUGAAUAUGAACAUGUUUUUAUUCAAAAGAUAGUUGAACAAGUCUCAAGAGAGAUUAUACCUGUUACUUUACAUGUUCCUGAUUACCUAGUUGGACUCAAGGACCAAAAGCUAAUUGUAACAUCACUUUUGAGUGUUGGGUCUGUUGAUACUGUCCACAUGGUAGGGAUCCAUGGGACUGGCGGAAUAGGGAAAACCACUCUUGCUCUAGAAGUUUAUAAUUCGAUUGUCCAUCGAUUUCAAGGGUCCUGUUUUCUUGAAAAAGUCAGAGAAAAUUCAGACAAAAAUGGGUUGAUAUAUCUACAAAAGAUCCUUCUGUCUGAAAUUGUUGGAGAGAAGAGCAUUGAGUUACCAAGUGUUAGACAAGGAAUUUCAAUAUUACAACAAAGGCUCCACCAAAAGAAGGUUCUUUUACUUCUAGAUGAUGUUGACAGUGAGGAGCAAUUACAGGCUAUUGCUGGAAGAUCCGAUUGGUUUGGUCCAGGCAGUAGAGUCAUCAUCACAACUCGGGACAAAAGGUUGCUAACAUGUCAUGGGGUUGAAAGUACAUAUGAGGUGAAGGGGUUGAAUGACAAAGAUGCUUUUGAGUUGGUUAGAUGGAAAGCUUUUAAAAAUAAGUUUAGUCCAAGCUACAACGAUUUUUUAUUAGUACAAAAGCAUACCGGAAAAUUGACUGCAAACAAAUUGCUUAGAUUGAAAACUUUAAAUACUGAAAACAAAUUUUCAGGUUAUGUGCAUGUUUUAGAACGUGCCGUAGCAUAUGCUUCUGGCCUCCCACUUGCUUUGGAAGUCAUCGGUUCUCACUUUUUUAAUAAGACAAUAGAGCAAUGUAAAUGUGCACUAGAUCGUUAUGAAAGGGUUCCUGAUAAAAAGAUCCAAACGACACUACAACUGAGUUUUGAUGCUUUGCAAGAAGAAGAGAAGUCUGUUUUUCUUGACAUUGCAUGUUGCUUCAAACUAUAUAAAUUGACAAGGGUCGAACAAAUACUUCAUGCUCAUCAUGGUGAUAUCAUGAAAGAUCACAUUAAUGUGUUAGUGGAAAAAUCUCUCAUUAAAAUAAAUGAGUUUGGUGACGUGACAUUACAUGAUUUAGUAGAGGAUAUGGGGAAAGAAAUUGUUAGACAAGAAUCACCGGAAGAUCCUGGAAAACGCAGUAGGUUAUGGGCCUCUAAAGAUAUAAUUCAAGUUUUAGAAGAAAAUACGGGAACAAGUAAAAUUGAAAUCAUAUGUCCAAACUCCCGGAUUGAAGUAGAAUGGGAUGGAGAGGCAUUCAAGAAGAUGGAAAACCUCAGAACGCUAAUUAUUAUUGAUGGCAAAUUUACUGAAAGUCCCAAACAUCUUCCGAAUAGUCUAAGAGUAUUCGCUCAUUUUCAAAAUCCUUCAUGGGAUUUACCGUCUGAGUUUUAUCCGAAGAAACUUGCCAUAUGCAAUAUUCCCUCUGAUUCUACAUCAUUCGAGUGGGGAGACUUUUUCAAGAAGAAGUUCAAGAAUAUACGGGUUUUAAAUUUUGAUGGCAAUAAAUUUUUAACACGGACACCUGAUGUGUCUGGCCUCGUACAUUUGGAAGAAUUUUCAUUUCAAGAUUGUGAGAAUUUAAUCACAGUCGAUGACUCUGUUGGGUUGCUGGGCAAACUUAAAACCUUGAGAGCUAUGUGUUGCAUCAAGCUCAGGAGAAUUCCGCCUCUCAAGUUGGCUUCUCUAGAAGAACUCGAUCUUUCAGGGUGUUCUUGUCUUGAAAGUUUUCCACCUGUGGUAGACGGGUUGCUGGGUAAACUUAAAACCAUGAGCCUUAGAAGUUGCAUCAAGCUAAGGAGUAUUCCACCUCUUAAGCUGACUUCGCUUGAAAUAUUUGAUCUUUCACAUUGUUUUAGUCUCGAGACUUUUCCACUUGUUGUGGAUAGUUUUCUUGGAAAACUUAAAACCCUGCUUGUUCAAAGUUGUCACAGUCUCAGGAGUAUUCCACCUCUCAAGUUGGAUUCACUAGAAACACUCGACCUUUCACAUUGCUAUAGUCUUGAGAGUUUUCCACCUGUGGUAGAUGGGUUGGUGGAUAAGCUUAAAACCAUGAGUGUUAGAAAUUGCAUCAAAAUCAAAAUUAUUCCACCUCUUGUGUUGGCUUCUCUAGAAGAACUCGAUCUUUCAAAUUGUACUAGUCUAGAGAGUUUUUCACCUGUGGUAGAUGGGUUGAUGGAUAAGCUUAAAAUCAUGAAUUUUAGAAGUUGCAUCAACCUAAGGAGUAUUCCACCUCUCAAGUUGGAUUCUCUAGAAAAACUUGACCUUUCAAAUUGUUAUAGUCUCGAGAGUUUUCCACCUGUGGUGGAUGGGUUUCUUGGAAAACUUAAAACCUUGCUUGUUACAAGUUGUCACAAUCUCAGGAGUAUUCCACCUCUCAAGUUGGAUUCUUUAGAAGAACUUGAUCUUUCAUGUUGUUAUAGCCUCGAGAGUUUUCCAAGUGUGAUGGAUGGGUUGUUGGAUAAACUUAAAUUCUUGAAUAUUGAACAUUGCAUCAUGCUUAGGAGUAUCCCACCGCUCAGGUUAACUUCGUUGGAAAAGUUCAAUCUUUCAUAUUGUCUAAGUCUCAAGAGUUUUCCAAAAAUAUUGGGAGAGAUCAUAAAUAUACCAGGACUUCUCUUGUAUGAAACUCCCAUAAAAGCAUUUCCAUUUCGGAAUCUUACUCCGCCUCCAACAUCAUAUCCAUGUAAAUGUGGAAUUGCACAAUUUCCAAAUAGAGUUGUUGCGAUGUCAAUGCUUGCCGAAUUUACCAUCAUGGGUGAAGGGAAAGUGAUCCCAAUGCAAUCUUCACAUGUAGAAUAUAUUUGUAUCAGGAGCUGUGAACUUUCAGAUGAAUAUCUAUCAACAAGUCUCAUGUUGUUUGCAAAUGUGAAAGAAUUACACCUAACUAACAAUCAUUUCACAGUUCUUCCUAAAUCAAUCGAAAAAUGUCAUUUUUUAUGGAGACUUGUCUUGGAUGAUUGUGAGGAACUUCAGGAAAUUAAAGGGAUUCCUCCAUGCUUAAGAAUGUUAUCCGCACUAAACUGUCAAUCCUUGACUUCGUCAAGCAAAAGCAAAUUACUAAAUCAGGAUUUACAUGAGGAUGGAAAUACUUGGUUCCGUUUGCCACGAGCAAAGAUUCCAGAGUGGUUCGACCACCAAUGCUCGGAAGGAUUGUCAAUUUCUUUCUGGUUUCGUAACAAGUUUCCUGACAUACUUCUCUGUGUUGGUUCUCCGUUGACAUGGUUCCCUAAUCAUCAACAUCGUGUUAGGGUGAUCAUCAAUGGCAAUACAUUUUUCUAUACCCAUGGUUUAAAUAUAGGUAGCUCACUGAAAAAAAUGUAUCAUUUACAUCUUUUUCAUAUGAAAAUGGAAAAGUUCAAUGAUAAUAUGGAUAAAGCACUUUUCGAAAAUAAGUGGAACCACGCAGAGGUUGACUUCGGAUUCCCAUUCCAGAAAAGUGGAAUCCAUGUAUUGAAAGACAAAAGUAACAUGAAGGAUAUUCGAUUCAAUGACCCAGAAAAUGAUGCUAACAUCGUGUUACACCCGGGAUGUUGAAGCAGAAGAGAGCAUUAGUCACUGUCAACGGAACUUUCAUCGACUUGCAGUGAAGUUGAACUGUCGCUGAACAACUUACAUUUGAGUCCAUCUUUUAGAAGACAUUUUUCUAAAAAAAUGUUACUGACUAGACUGAGCAAGUUCACGAGUCCAUCUAAAAACUCGCUGUCAUCCCAUGAACCCGACUGCCUAGACCACCAAGAGAGUGAAAGCACAUGGUAGAAAGAACGUACACAAUUGUCUGAUUGUGUCAGUAAUCUUAACGCAGAAAGAGGCAAGCAGAAGGAAUUACCCUCAAAUUGUACAUAAGAUCUCCCCACCAUGUUCUGAAAGCCCUGAUUGGAAAAUUGUCUCCGGUACUGAUAGUUUGUUGACAUGGACACCCCCACUGUCAGCACCUGAGAGAUUGGUGCUUGGUUCUGAUGUUAAGCUUUAAAAAAUGACUGGUCAAAAGUCUACGUCCUGUUUUAAGCCUGCAAAAAGAGUGCUUGACUUUUCACUCACAGAAGGCAGCGAUGAUUUGGACAAUAGAGUAGACAUGUCAAAACCUAGCAGAGGAUGUUCUGAGAACUUCAAAUCUUUUGAUUCUUCUUCCCUACUUCAGGAAGUAUACCCAUCUUGUUUUGGUUUUAAUUUGGACUUAUUCUUAAAAUCAUACUUUGAUAUUCACUCAUUGUUCUACAUUGUACCUUUCAAUUUAUUCCUGCCAUUUGUUAAAAAGGAAAACAAAUCUACCCUUGCCGGAGAACAUGCAAAGAAAAUAAUUGUUCCCUGACAUUUUAGUAUUUAAUGUUAGAUUCUAACUAGCUCGUGGGAUACUCACCAGUCAUAUAUUCAUGAGGGUUUUUAAUGUGUUUAUGAGUGGAACCGGGUCCCCUUUGAAACAUCUGGUAUUAGAAUACAUUGAAAGACUAGUGCUAGGUACCUUUUGUUAUUAAUGGAGAUGGUUUAUAUUUUAGAGCAUACUCCAUUUCUUUCUAUAUUGAUGACAUAAUAGUGAUUUGCUAGUAUAUGGUUGUGCUGUGCCUUUUUUGAGUAGGAUUACAGAAUCUUUGAAUUAUUUUUGACCUUUUGCAUUUUAUCAUACUUAGCAUGAAAGUAAUGGCUUUCUUGUUAAUUGUUUCUCAAUGCAGGUACCAGAGAACCUUUAUUAUUCUCUAGAGAAAAUCAACCAAAAUUACAUUGGUUUGGAUGCAUCGGAUGACAAUUCUUCAUCAUUGGUGGAACUGGUUAAUGUGAUUGACUCUAUAUUUAGAACUGUCAAAAGAACCCCAAUCACAAAAGAGGAGCUCCUGCAAAAGAUAAUGAUGAACUGUUUAGAUUUUGUCGAGAUUAGCGAAGUUGAAGAACAGAUCGAGAUUUUGGAAAAGAUUGUACCAGAUUGGAUUUGCAAGAAGUUGGUUUCUUCUGGAGACACUGUGUAUUGCAUCAAGAAUGCGGUAGAUUUGGAGUCAAUUCGAUCAAGACUUCUCAACAAUGUGACCAAAGGAGUUGAGUGAAAGAUUUUUAUUGAAUGAUUACAAAUGUAAAUAGCAGUGUUGCAAAUGAUUGUUGGUAAUGUUGUGCAUUGUAUGGUGCUAUAUCAAUCUUGGCUUUGGAUACGCAAUCAAAAAAAUCUUGGCUUUGGAUAUGAAAUUUCUGCAAAGGAGGAUAUACACACAGAUUUUACAUAACAAAAUCAUAUGAAAUUUUUAUGAGGAUUCCAUUCCCAGACUAAAUUGGACGGUUUGUUGGUGUGGUGUUAGGUUGGAGAGAGAUUUGAAGAGAUGGUUUUGGGAAUAGGUCUGUUUGAUCCCCUUUCAAAAACAGUUUUUUAGUUUUUAACUUUAAAAAUUAAGAAAUUUGAUUGGUAAUCCAUUACACCAAUUGGAAAAAACAUAAGAGGAGCUAUUUCCUAUACAACCUAUAAACCAAGACCAAGAGAUAAAAAAUAUCUGAUCCACUAGGGAAGGCACAUUAGCCAAGUUGCCUCGAAACAUAAUGUUACGUGUACUCCACAAACACCAAGUUAUUGCUAACCAAAUUAUAUGGCGUCCCUUUGCAUGCUUGUUAUUUUUCACUAGUGACCCAAACGUGUUAAA